AUGGACGCCCAGGAGUUUCUUCUCCGCCUGAAUUUCCCGGGGAUUUUGCACUUGGAGCAAGACGUGGAUGUGGAGUCGACGAGCUCCUCGUGCUCUUCGGCGUCGCACGUCGCUGCGCAGCAGGCGAAGGUGCGGAAGUUUCUGCCGCCCGCCCUGGACGAGGUGGCGUGCGAGCUCGCCGAGGAACUCGAGCACGCGGCGGAGAGCGGCGAGUGCGACGUCUCGCAGAUGCAGCUGCGCCAGGUCCCCGCCAGCUUGCCCCUUGAGACGCUGGUCACCCUCGUCCUCUCCUGCAACCAACUCACCGAGCUGUCCGCAGGCCUCUUCCAGGGAGGCUGCUGCCGCAACCUCGUCAAGUUCGACGCAAACUCCAACCAGCUGAAGGCGGUUCCCCACUCCCUUCUUGCCCUGCCCAAGCUAGAGACACUGCUCUUGGACCACAACCACAUCGCCACCCUGCCUUUUAAGGAGCUGGCCCUUAGCCAGCAGGCACUGCUGCCCGCUCUCACCUACGUGGGUUUGGAGUUUAAUGAUUUACAAGCAUUCCCGGUGGAGUUUUUUACGAACUGCCCGCUCCUGAAUAAAGUAUUUGUUGGACAAAAUGAGAGGAUGUUAGAGGCCCCGCUGCCCACUGGCCAAAUACGCCGCUCGAUUGUUGCGCAGCAUCACGGUAUAGACAAGAAUUAUGAUGCAGAAAAUCGCGUCAUUUUGAAGGUAGACAACAGACCAUGUAUUGUAAAACAAAUGUUGGACGAGGACUGGGACACCACCUUGCCGUGGUUGGAGGUUCAACUGCACAAGAUCUACCCCGACAAGGUGCUGGGAUUUAUGUAUCUCGGCUCUCUCCGCACCGCGCAGACACUAACCGUCUACCGUGAUCUCAAUAUCGGCUACAUCCUCAGUGUUGCGCGGGACAUGGAGGUCCGUGUGGACCCCGGCAUGAAACAUCUUGUGCUGCCGGUGGAAGACAUCCCUGGCGAGGACAUCCGCCAACUCUUCGAGCGCGCCUUCACCUUCAUUGACGAGGCCAAGCAGAACAACAAGGGUAUUCUUCUUCACUGCUUUGCGGGGCUUUCUCGCUCUGUGACCGUGGCGGCCGCAUACAUCAUGAGUCGGUACAACAUGACGUGCGAUGAGGCCCUUGACCUCAUCAAGAAGGCACGGCCGGCCGCUCAGCCAAAUCCGGGGUUUAUGCAAUCGUUGCGGGACUUUGAAAAGUCGCUUAUGAUGCUGAAAGACGAAGGAACUGUUGGCGAGGGGGUGAGUGGGACAGGACACUUACUCCGCAAUGAAGUGCUUGAGGGAAGCGGGAAAGGUCGAAUGAGAGGAGCUCGACCAAAAUAA